AUGGACUACGACUACCGGGGAAUGGAUGCCGAUGACUCGGGCCCGCGCAUCAACAUCAGCGAGACGACUCCCAUCUCGACCAAGUUCGUCUUGAGCAACACUACCCUGUCUCUGGCCAACAGCGUCCGCCGUGUCAUGCACGCCGAGGUCCCCACUCUGGCAAUCGAUCUGGUCGAGGUGGAAUCAAACACUUCAGUCCUGGCCGACGAGUUUCUGGCCCAUCGCCUGGGUCUGGUCCCGCUGUCGGCGAAGAACAUUGACGACCUGCUGUACACACGCGAUUGCGACUGCGACCAGUAUUGCGAAAACUGCGCCGUGGUUCUACGUCUCAGUGCCGUCAACCGCAAUUCCGACGAGACGGUCAAGGUCUUCGCCAAAGAUCUCUACAUCGAUGCUUCCUUCAGCCAAUACCGCCCCAACGCCGAUACCGAUGGCCCUCAGCGAGGCGCCCCUGUCAUUAUGGAUCCCGAUGGCAACGGUCCUCUCAUCUGCAAGUUGCGCCGCAACCAAGAGCUCAAGCUCCGUUGCAUCGCAAAGAAGGGAAUCGCAAAAGAACAUGCAAAGUGGAUGCCGACAGCUGCCAUCUCCUUCGAGUAUGAUCCACACAACGCCUUGCGCCACGCCGACCUGUGGUAUGAAAGCGACAAGUUGGAGGAGUGGCCUGCAAGCAAGAACGCCGAGUGGGAAGAGCCGCCGCAGGAGGGUGAUGCCUUUGACUACGACAAGGAGCCUGACCGAUUCUAUGUCAACAUUGAGGGCACUGGUGUAAUGCCGCCAGACACCGUCUUCCACGCCGCUAUCAAAGUUCUGCAACAGAAGCUCGCAACCAUCAUCCAGGAGCUGUCACCCAAUCUCCAACAAGCACACCAACAGGAUUUGGCCCAACCGCCACAAAGUCCGGACAUGAUGGACAUGACCGGCGCUGCCACAGCGUACAACAACACAACUGCUUACGGUGCUGGUUCCGUAUACGGAGGUGGCUUUGGUGGCGGCAACACGAGCGCUUGGGGUGGUAAUGCUGGCGGCGCUGUACCUGGAGGCACUACCCCUUACGGUGCAACACCAUAUGGUCAAAAUGGCUGGUAG